AUGUCUGCCUUCCGGUCCCUGUACUCCUCCCUGCGCCUGGCGCCCACCGCCAACACCGCCGCUCGUGGCUUCAGCACCUCCGCCUCCCGCAAUGCCGCUCGUAUGAUCCUCACCGGCCGCCUCGGUGCUGAGCCAGAGCUGCAUGCCACCUCCACCGGCCAAGAAAUCAUCCGCUACACCAUCGGCACCACGACCGGCCGUGGCGAGAACAAGUCCACUAGCUGGUUCAAAGUGGCCAGCUUCGCGGAUGGCAGUCAGCGGGACUUCCUGCUCAGCCUCCCCAAGGGCACCCUCGUCUACGUGGAGGGCGAUGCUAGCAUGCGUACCUGGGAGAACGCCGAAGGCCAGAAGCAAUCCACCCUCAACCUUGUCCAGCGCAACCUGGAAAUUCUCAGCCGGCCCCAGAACUCCAACGCCGAGCAGCAGUAG